UAUUGAACUGUUUAUCAUUGGAAAGUACGAGUAACUUAUUCAAAUUCCAAAGGGUGUGUUUUCGCCGCCUGGGACUAGAAAUAUCAAUGAUUGUGGGUGAGGAUAGCUGAGAAAUUAAAUGUCAGAGGAGCAAAGUUUAAAAUUUGGUCAUGACCGACGAUAGCGAGAAACCCACAGCAACAGAUGGCAUUAUAAACGACGAAAGUCAAGUUGAUCCCAACACACCGAUAAUCGAGGUAAGUGAUGUUUUGGUUGAAAAUUCAAAUUCGUUGAAAAUGUUGGAGUAACAUGGUUAGAGGAACUUGUUAUAUUUUGUGAAUAACCGCUUACUUUUAUCAUUGUGUUGUCCAUGCAUCAUAGGUCUCCAUCGCUAAUGUUUUCAUUUUGAUCGUAAAUUUUUGACGUUAAAUUCAACGGGUGAGAAAUUCAAAUUUGUAAUCAUUGCUUUGCUCGCUGUUGGUAUAGUCUUCGCAUAUCGUCUAAUAAAAGAACGAUAGCCCUUGAAAAAAUCAGUUCGUCAUCGAUUAUGAUUUUUCUCUCACUCUGCAAGUGCAGAUAAAGAGAAUUCAGCGAAGAAUUUUGGACAAUUUUAGUCCGAAAAUGAAGCGCGUUUUGAACUGAAAGUGUGGCAAAUUGGCAGCUGAUGUCUGCUUGCAUUUGUACACCUGCUAAACGUUUAGUUUGAUCGUAGCCAUGGCUUGCGAAAGAGCUCUUUAAACGUAACACAUUUAGUGCAGUAAUUUCCUUAUCUAAACAGUUGGGAAGGAUUUCCGCUGACAGAAAUUUUUAUUGUUCUAAAACAAAGCCGUUAGUGUCCUAAAGACAGUAUAUUGUUUUCGUCGCUGCAUGCAUAAUGUAGGUACAGAACUGUGCGGAAUUCUCGCCCAUAGUUGUUGUAUACCUUUUUCACUUGGCUAUUUGUAAUUAGUUUGUGUUACUUUUGUCUUCCCUUUGCGAGACCACGUGAUUGUAUUCCUGUACCUGAGAAAUAUUCCUUUCAAAUUAUACUGUGGCGGUGUACUAAACAUCAUACGCCUGAACUGGGGUAACACAGAUAACUGAAAAUGCCUAUUGCUAUAACUCCUUCACUUGUUCCUUCAUUGUUAACUCCUUCUAAUAUUAAGCAAAAUACCAACAGACAACAGUUUAAAGAAACACAUUUAAUUCUCUUGUCAAAUUGUAAGAACAACUGUAACAAUGUGAUUAAUUACUGUUUGAGCUGAUAACUAAAAUCUGAACCAUCUACAGUUGAACCCUCCCUAAUCCUGCAAUAAUAGUAAAAUUUGCAGUAUAAGUAUAAAGCUAUUUGGUCUAUUUUAAACUACUUUGUCUUAUUUUGUUCACUCACCAAUCUUAUUGUUUCACACUGAUUAUUCUAUUGCCCUUAAAUCAAAGUACAUGCGCAUGACAUGUUCCCAAAUUACAUCCUUAAAUCAGUUAGCAUAUUCUCUAUACAGCUCUCCAUACACAUCCUUAAGUGCUGAUGAGGAGAAUUUGUUUAACAAUCAGGAGAUUCUUUUGUUAGCAAUCAUUUCCUUUAUUCUUGUUAGAUUAAUGUGUGAUUCAGGGAUGAUAUUGUAUGAUAUUGUAUGCAGAAAUUAGAUACUAAUCACUUCUAACAUUUAACAUUAUAUUUUCCUUUUUGAUCUUAGAUCUCCCAGCACAAUGACAAGGUUAAACACAGAGUACGUGUGCAGAAGAAAAAUGGCAGAUAUUAUUUCCAGCACCCUUAUGCAAGACUAUUUGUUUCCUACUUUGUGAUUUUUUGCAACUUUUUGAUAUAUGCUGAGGAUCCUGUUUCACACAGCAGAGCAAAUUGUACCAUUCCUGUUGUUGGGCAUGACUUUGCUUUUGUCACAUACAGGUACAGAAAAGAAAUUGUUUGGUGUCUGAUAUUUGUGUUAGUUACCAAAAUAUAGUUCAUACCUAGCCAUUGCAUUUUUCAUCUUUGUGUUAGGGACCAAGAAAUUUUAAGCUUGCACAGCAUCUGUAAGUUAAAGCUUUACAAAUAUAUUUUUAUGGCCUGUUAAAACAUACAAACUAAAAUGUCCACAUAGUCCUUUGAAUUGCAGUGUAGAUGUUGUUCAGAGUCAUAUCUGAGAGCUUUCCAAAUGCAUGUUAUUAUGAGUUCAAAUGUUAACCAACAUUUCCCAAGCAGUUGGCCUCAACAUUGCCCAAACAUGGCCCCAAUGAGAGUUAGACCUCUAUUGACCUACAUGUAAAUGCUGGAAAUAUUUAAUUGAAUUAUAUACAAUCUAUUUUUGUCUCUAAACAAAUGUAGGUCCUUAUUCUGCAAUAUCUCUAAAUCUAAGAGCUGGGCUUCUUAAAUCAAGUAGAUUCUUAUUUGCCCUAGAGAUGGUCCAAUUUUAUUCUUUUUUUUGGGGGGGGGAGGAGUGUGAAGUAUUUUUGUGAUCAAAAGGCUCAACAUUGUUCAAUUUUCCAGUUUUCAGAAAAAUAACAUGGCAGAUGUGCCAUUUCAGAAAGGCCCCUUCUUAAAAAAGAAAUUUGAUUUCUUGCUAUGGAUCACUGUAGUUUGUCACUGCAUAUAGUAGUAUUAAUUGUACUUGUCUGUGAAAAUACUAGUCUUAAAAAACUGCACAGUCUCUCUAAUGAUGUCAAGUUUGCUUUGUUAAGCAGCAUUUAGGGAAGGGACAGUUCUUUGAAGAGGUUUUUACUUGCAUGUAAAAUGGGUUCCUUCAAGAAAUUGAAACCUCUAGAGGGUACUAAGAAUUCUAGAAGUUACAAUCUACAUGACUGUACAGCUGCUGUACUUUACUGAUUAGGGGUAAUGCUCAAAAAUUCAGGUUUAGAGACUCUAUACCAGGGCGUGAAAUUGUGCCUAAUACAGGCGCCAAUGUGACUAAAUUUUUCACUUUGGCGACCAAAUCCUGAAAAUUAGUCACCAAAUUGGUGACUAGUAUGUUUCAUCAUAACCUUACCUUGGGAUAUAGUGAAUUAAAAAGAUUUGCAAAGAUAAAUCAGUGGCAAACUUCCUCAUUAAGUUUGUUUCCAAAACGCAACUUAUGCAUCUUGAUCGAUAACUACAUGCCAUCUUAGAUUUAGGUGAGCUUGAACAUUGCAUAUCAUCCAUCCUAGCAUCCACUUUGUAGCACAUAGAUCUUUUCCCUAACUUAAUUUCUAGAACGAUGACAGCAUAAAAAAAGGUUUUGUUUGUCUUUGAAAAUGGCGACCAACUUUUUUUGAAGUGGCUUCCACUUUGAAGAAUUUAGGAGCCAAGUGGCUAUCAGAAAAAAAAAUUAAUUUCACACCCUGUAUACAAUGGCCAAUUUACAUUAACAACUCAGUGGAUGAAACUGAAUUAUCAAUGAUGUUAGUUUCCUUUAUUGCUCACAAACAUUUAGGUACCCUCCAGGGGGUUGGUCUCUUCUGAAGGUAUUUCUGUGGCUGGUGGCAAUUGUGGUUGGAUCACUGGCAGGCAAGUUCUUUUUCCACAAACUGGUGUUCAACAGAUGGAUGAAACUUUCCAUGUUCAAACGUGACAGUGGCUCGUGGAUGGUGAUGUUCUUGUCAACUUUAGUCUCAUUGUUUAUUUUCUCCUUUCUCUACAAUGGAUUCCUCAGCAUUGAGGGUGACAAGCUAUCCUUGUAUAAGAUAACUUCAUACCUAGGACUGCAGAAUGACACCUUCAUGAAGGCAGCUGGAUUAGGCACAUGGAUGGGUGAUUUCAUCACAGCAUGGAUGGUAACAGACAUGAUGCUUCAGGUAAAAGUGAUAUUAUCAAACUUUGGACUAGUAAAACAUACAAGUAACGUGUAAGGUUGAGAGACACAGGGGCAUUAUGGUAAGUGUGGUGGAAUUCUGGUUGAGAGGUCUGGGUUCAAGACCUGGCCAGCUCAUUUUGCUGCAUUCUUGGACGAAACACUUAAUUCUCAUGCUUGCCACUCUCCAUCAAGGAGCAUAAACAGGUAACAAUGAGGGAGAUCUGAUGAGUUGCUAGGGGGUUAAUGUUGCAAUGGAGUGCCAUCAAAUCCAGAGGGGGGUAGUCACUUCAUGCUCUGGAAUUUGGGAUAAUUUGGGAAAUGCCUCUUGACUCGAGUACAGACUUCAUCUUCCUUUUAUCUGUCAAUGUAAGAGUAAUUUUUCAAUCCAGUUUUCAGUUACUCCUUGUCGUGUGUUUUAUUUUUGUUUUAAAGCACUCAAUUGCAAUGUGCCCCAAAGAGGCCAUUGGUCUUACAUCUCUGUGAUGUGAACAAAUGACAAAAUAUGAAAUUUAUUUCAUUAAAAAUUAUGAUAAGUUUCCUCUAUGGGAAAGAAGAACCCCCUAAAUAGUGCCCAUGCUCCCAACCUGUGGCUUUGUAGCUCAGUUGAAAGUAGCACCCAACUAGUAUCUGAGAGGCCUGGGUUCAAAUCCCAUCAAUAAGCCUGAAUUUUUAAAUUUUUUUAUUUGCUAUUGCUUAAAUUGUAGCCCACCUGCCAGGUUUACUUUAAAUGACAGCAUAGUGAUGGAAGUUUUUUCAUAUUUUUGUUUUUUAAGGACAAGUUGUACCCACACUGGAACAAACGUUUGAGAGAGAUUUGGAGAACUGGAUACACACGAAUCUAUUUGUUCUGGAUUGUGCUUGUUGUUGCCACGGCAGUUGUCGCCGCUGGAAUAAUAAGUGACUUUGUUAGGUGGGAUACUCUCAACAGAGACUUUGUCUCCACCAAUGAACUCUCUCGAGCCUUUCUGGCGUCUUUCAUCCUUGUUAUGGACCUGCUGAUUGUCAUGCAGGUGAGACAAAAACUGAAGAACGCACAGAGAUAUCACAGGAAUAGUUUGCUAAGGAAACGAAUGUUCUUGUCAGUGGAUAUGAUCUGAAGCACGCCCUGUUGCGAAGAGAGGGUAGGGUCAGAUAUACUAUGCUUGAAAAUUCGAGCAUAAUGCUUCUGAACGUCACCCCUGAAAACAUACGCGUGCGUCCAAGAGAGCCUGUUUCAGUUCAAACAGUGACAAUUGCAAAGCAUGAUGAUUUGUUAUGGUUAUAACUGUUGCCGUUACGUUUUUGUUUAAAAUAUAUUUAUUUGUCUACCAGGACUGGGAGUUCCCUAGUUUUCAAGGGUCCAUGGACGUCAAACUCCCUGGGGUGGACACAGCUUCCUUCUACUUCCGCUUGCCCCGGUGUCUGAAGAAGGAGAACUGGCACGUUCACAUAACAGGAAAAUGGUUCAACUAUGGCAUCAUCAUGCUUGUAAUUAUUCUAGACUUAAACAUGUGGAAAAACCAGAUCUUUUACAGUCCUUUCGACUUUGGCCAGUAUACGGAUUCCGAAGGGUACAUUUUCUCCGUCGUCGACGAAAAAUUCUUAGAAACUGCCAACAAAAGCACUCUUUCAUACGAGUGGAGAUCAAGUAACCUGAACCCAGCUACGAAUGAAUCUUACACAACAACAGAUCCUCGUAUGAACUCAAAAUACCUUGGGUUUGGCUUAGGAGUGAAAGGAAUUGCCUUCAUUCCUUCCAUUGUGGCGUUCCUCACGUUUGGUUGUCUAAUUUGGUUCUAUGGUCGAGAAAAGUUUGUCGUUGAAGAAGUUAUUGAGGAUUUAGAUAAAGUUGACGGUGUGGUCAUUGAAGAAGUUGAUUUUGAGAUCGAACCCGACCAAAAUGUUUCCCACAAAUCGCCCAACGGGAAUACUAGCCAUAAUGACACCAAGGAUGGGGGAGUGUCGUCAGAGCUUCCAGCUAACCAGGAAGAAGGAGAUCCGAUACUUCUCAAUGUUCAACAAAUCACCUAUGUGUAAAUCAUAUACAAACUGCCUGCUUCUGAAAGCAUGAAUUGUAGCCCAAUGAUGCAUUGUUGGAGAAUUUGGAGGGGAUCAUUCCCUCAUUCUUUCAAACUAGUUGCACGAAAUGUUCUAUCAUUUUUGCUUUUAUUGUUAUUCCAUAGCUUAUAAUGUAAAUUAAAGCUUUUGCAAAACGUAUUUCAAGGCUCAGAGAGCAUCAAAGUCGCUGCAUUUAGAUAAAACACAUUAUUUCGCAGCUCUUGUUGAGUUAUAAAUUAUUUUAAUGCGUAAUUCUAAGGCUAUCACGACUUGAAAAGCGCUGUGUUUUAAAACUCGUUUUUUUUAAGUCAAGUACAUGAAGCUCCUGUGUGCUACUUAACGGUUUAUAUAGAUGCGAUAUUUUAAUUUUGGGGUUUGCCACAAACAACCCCCUCGUUUUAAAAAAAAAAUCCUAUAUAAAGUGCAUGUCAUGCAAAGCAACGAUUUGUCAGACGUAAUACUUAAACUCAAUUACACCUACGUUUCUUUAAAAAUUCUA